CUCUCCCUCUCAGCAGCAGGACCCAGAGCUGGUGAGAUUUGCUAUUGGAUUAAAAUAGCAUCAAUCCGUCCUUCUCUGUAUUGCCUGGGCCGCAGGGUGCAGCCGCAGCGUUGUUUGGGAGCAGCAGGAAUGUGAAGAUGGCUGCAGAUCUGGGAGAGCUGCUUGUCCCUUACAUGCCCACCAUCAGGGUACCCAAGUCAGGGAACAGGGUCUACAAGACGGAGUGCGCUUUCUCCUAUGAAUCCCCUUUAUCUGAUGGAGGUCUCUAUGUGUGCAUGAGCACAUUCCUGGGAUUCGGAAGGGAACAUGUAGAAAGACAUUACAGGAAAACUGGACAGUGUGUUUACAUGCAUUUAAAGCGACAUCUUAGACCGAAAGCAACCGGUGCAUCUGGUGGAGCCCAUCCAAGAUUCAUAAACGGCAAGGUAUUUUUAGAUCUAGAAACCACAGAUUUGAAUGACGAGGAUUAUGAGUAUGAAGAUGACGCAAAACUCGUUAUAUUUCCAGAUCAUUUUGAAAUUCCUUUACCCAACAUAGAAGAGCUUCCUGCCCUAGUAACAAUAGCCUGUGAUGCCGUUCUUAAUUCAAAGUCACCGUACAGGCAACUGGAUCAAGAUUCGUGGGAGGAAGAGUUGCAGGUUUCCAAAUUUGCUAAUAAUCUUGUACAGAUAGACAAUGGUGUAAGGAUUCCACCAAGUGGCUGGAAGUGUUCGAAAUGUGAUCUUCGAGAGAACUUGUGGCUAAAUCUGACAGAUGGUUCCAUCAUGUGUGGGAAGUGGUUCUGCUCGGGCAGUGGUGGAAAUGGACAUGCACUAGAGCACCAUAAACAAAUGGGAUAUCCCCUAGCAGUAAAACUUGGUACGAUCACUCCAGAUGGGGCAGAUGUUUAUUCAUUUGACGAAGAAGAAGCUGUUCUAGACCCCCAUUUAGCCAAGCACCUAGCUCAUUUUGGUAUUGACAUGUUACAGAUGCAAGGGAAUGAGAAUGGAGUUUUGGAUAAUGAUGUCAAACCAAGGAUUAACGAAUGGGAAGUCAUUCAGGAAACUGGCUUGAAGUUGAAGCCAGUGUUUGGCUCUGGGUUCACUGGUAUUAAGAACCAAGGAAACAGUUCCUACCUCAGCACAGUGAUGCAAGUCAUCUUCAGCAUCCCUGAAUUUCAAAGAGCUUAUGUAGGAAAUCUCACGCGGAUAUUUGACUUUGCUCCACUGGAUCCAACACAGGAUUUUAACACACAAAUGGCUAAACUUGGACAUGCCCUACUCUCUGGACAGUUUUCCAAACCUCCAGUGAAAUGUGAGCUGAUCGAACAGGUGAUGAAAGAAGAAUACAAGCAACAGGCAAAAGGCAUCACAACUCGGAUGUUCAAGGCACUGGUGAGCAAAAGUCACCCAGAAUUUUCAUCGAACAGACAGCAAGAUGCCCAGGAAUUUUUUUUGCAUCUCAUAAACUUGGUGGAGAGAAACAGCAUUGGGUUAGAAAAUCCCAGUGAUGUCUUCAGGUAUUUAGUGGAAGAUAGAACACAGUGCUGUCAGUCUAGAAAAGUGCGGUACACACAGAGAGUCAGCUAUCUUAUGCAGUUGCCUGUGGCCAUGGAAGCGGCUACAAAUAAAGAUGAAUUGAUUUCCUAUGAACUGAAACGAAGAGAGGCAGAGACUGCCAAGAGACCUGCUCCUGAGUUGGUGCGUGCCAAAAUCCCAUUCCGUGCCUGUCUGCAGGCUUUUACGGAGCCUGACAAUGUAGAUGACUUCUGGAGCAGUGCUCUUCAAGCAAAGUCUGCUGGUAUUAAAACAUCUCGUUUUGCUUCAUUCCCUGAAUAUUUGGUAGUCCAGAUUAAGAAGUUUACGUUUGGCCUUGAUUGGGUACCCAAGAAACUUGAUGUAUCAGUGGAUAUGCCAGAUAUACUUGACAUUAAUCAUCUCAGAGCUUCUGGGCUUCAACCUGGAGAAGAAGAGCUGCCAGAUAUUGCUCCCCCAAUAGUCAUUCCUGAUGACCCAAAAGAUCGUUUUAGAAACCACUACAUGGAGCCUCCUGACAUUGACGAGUCUUCAGUGAUGCAACUGGCAGAGAUGGGCUUUCCCCUAGAAGCCUGCAGAAAGGCAGUUUACUACACAGGGAACCUGGGAGCUGAAGUAGCCUUUAACUGGAUAAUUGCACACAUGGAAGAACCAGAUUUUGCAGAGCCAUUAUCUAUCCCAGGCUGUGCUGCAGCCUCUUCAAUAUCAUCUUAUGGACAGAAUGUUCAACCAAACCAGCCUCCAGAAGAAAUUGUAGCACUCAUCUCAUCUAUGGGCUUCCAGAGAAACCAAGCUAUUCAAGCACUGAGGGCAACCAAUAACAAUUUGGAGCGAGCUUUAGACUGGAUAUUUUCUCACCCGGAAAGUGAAGAAGAUUGUGCGAACCCUUCAGAAUCUGUGGACGCGGACAACAAUCAAAAUAGUAUAAUCACCCAGAAUGAGGAGGAGGGACCUCAAAUCAAGGAUGGGAGUGGAACCUAUGAACUAUUUGGUUUUAUCAGCCAUGCGGGGACAUCAACUAUGUCAGGACAUUAUGUCUGUCAUAUCAAAAAGGAAGGCAGAUGGGUGAUCUAUAAUGACCAUAAAGUUACGUCUUCUGAGCGACCUCCAAAGGAAUUGGGAUACAUUUAUUUCUAUCACAGGAUAUGAUGCUCAUUCUAAAAAGAUGUGGAGGCCUGUAUAAAGCCAUACAGUUUCUAAAUCCUCUGCAGAGAUACACACAUAGAAAUUUAAAUGCAGUAAUAUGGGACAGCCAGAGCACCUCAAGAUAUCUAAAAUAUUUAUAGUUUAUCAAAUGUGUUCUUAAAAGUUAAACUGGGAAUUUCUAUUACACAAAUAUAUAGGUGUUUUAUUUAUUCCCUUUACUGCUAAAGAUCUGGAGUUCCAAGUGAGUAGAGCAAUUAAUUUUAAAAUAAGAAAUUACUGCUAGAAAAGAAAAUGUAUGGAGCCUUUGCCUUUUAAUGAAAAUUUAAAAUGUUUUAAUUAAAAUUGUAAAUACACUAAGCAGUAUGCCAACACCUACUAAAAGCUCUGGGUUAUAAGUGCUCUAAAUAUGUUUUUAAGGAGAAUAGCCUAUUUGCUGCAGUUAUUAUAAGCAAACAGUAGGUGGUGGUAUUGUCACAACUAUUUACAUGCAGUGUAAAGUAGAGCAUUUGAUUUUUCUUGUAUUGUUCAAGAUACAGCAAACACACAGCUCCAGUUAAAUAUUACUUUUUCACAUGUAGACAGGCAAACUGUGUAUAUCCAGUCUUUCAUCUCCUUUAUUAUUUCAGCAAUUGUAAUCCCAACUAAGUCCUUGUUAAAUCCUCAAUCUGCAAUCUGUUUACUUUGCUGGCAAAGUUGGAGUAGCCGCUCUGGGUACAUUCCCAUUGACAGUAUCACACUGACACAGAGUUUUAUUAGUACAAAUAUGAAUAAAAAAAAAACAUAGCUUGAGUGUAAAACAUUUGAGGAAAUUAAAUGGGAUGCCUUAGCUGGUUUACAUGUUACUAAGAAAAUAGAAUAUUAGCAGACCACGCUAUAUCCAAUAUAAAAUGCAUGUGAAAAAAUGACGUUUAUUGGUCAAAAAGGCUAGAAGGCACUAUGUGCUCCUGCGCAUCGAGAAAUUUCAGCAUGCUUAAAAUGUCAUUUGAGUCAUUUUGAGGUUGGAGUGACAAGACACAAAUGGAUGAAAAGGGAUGUCUUGGAAGUUGAUGGGCUAUUUGAGUAUUGGUGUUAUUGGGUCGGGUGCCAGCUAUGUUUCUGGCAUUCCAUUGAGUGUUUCACAGCCUCACUGGUUAUUCUCAAAGAUCUCAAGUAGAAGUUAUUUGAACUAUAAAAUACACAUGUAUGUGCUUAAAGGUGACAUGAAUGAAAUUACAGGAAAAAGACCAAUGUAUUACGUUUAUAACAAGGCUUGACAGUUUGUCAUAUAACCUGAAGCAUCAAAUUCUAUUUUUUUUUCACUGUACUUUAGUUACACAUAAAAAUGAUCUCUAGUGAAUCUCUGUUACCUAACCUCCCUCCGUCUAUGCAGUGUGUUAGCUGAUAUUCCCAAUAAUGUAGGUGAAGUCAUUGGGAACUUUCAGGUUACUGAUUGCUUCUAGAACGAGGCUUCACUGUCUCAAAAUGCGGAGAGUAUUCUACCAAAAAUGACAAAGACCCCAAGUGCUCACAUUUUUAGAUAUUUACUUUAUCAAAUAUAAGCACAUGGAAGGGCUAUUUGUGGAAUAGUGUUAAUGUUGUUGUUGGUGUUUUAUGACACGAAUAUUAGCCAACAUUGGCCUCAAUUUAAUAAGCUUUCCAAAUCUUAUUAAAUAUUUCCAAAUGUUUUAUCUACAGAAAGCAUCAUUAAAGUCUAUUGGAAUUUUUUGUAGAUAAACCAUUUGGAAAUAUUUUAUAACCGUAUGGAAUUAUUUGGAAUGCUUAUUGAUUAAUGCUUAUUAUUUAAAUGACCACUAUAGACAC